GACCAAGCACUCUGUCCUGGCCAGCAAUGAGACAGUGACUGGAGACCUCCUUCUCCUCCUUAUGGAAAGUCUUGGGCCAGGCAUGGGACCAUUGGAGGGAGCCAACAGCACAUUCACCAUGGAGAAGACAGCAUUAGAUGAGAAGCUGCCACAUGGCUGGCAUACCAAGGACUUUGUCACUCCAACCCAGGAUCUCUCCGGAUCCCACAGUGUCAUGAUGGACAGCACCAAGAUCCUGGGGGUCCAGGUCAUCCUGAUUGCUGCCUACUCACUCAUCAUUCUGCUAGGGUUCAUUGGGAACUCCCUGGUCAUCUACAUCAUAGUGAAGUACAAGACCAUGAGGACUGUCACCAACUUCUUCAUAGCUAACCUGGCCCUGGCAGACCUGAUGGUGGACACACUCUGUCUGCCUUUCACCCUAGUGUACACCCUGCUGGAUGAGUGGAAGUUUGGAGCUGUUCUUUGUCACCUGGUUCCUUAUGCUCAAGCUCUGAGUGUCCAUGUGUCCACUCUCACCCUGACUGUGAUUGCCCUGGAUAGGUACCGCUGUAUUGUUUUCCAUCUGGACAGCAGGAUUUCCAAGAGGCUCAGCUUCACCAUCAUAGCUGUCAUGUGGCUGGCAGCAGCUGUCCUAGCAGGGCCUCUGGCCAUCUUCAGGGAGUACCGAUAUGAGGAAAUCCCAUCCAUUAACCUCAAAAUGGCUGUUUGCUCAGAAAAAUGGCCCUCUGGUAACAACAGAGAUGCCACCAUCUACAGCCUGUCCAUGCUCCUCCUUCAGUAUGUUCUUCCUCUUGCAAUUAUUUGUUAUGCGUACACCAGGAUCUGGUUCAAGCUGAAAAACCAUGUCAGUCCCACUUCUAGAAAUGAAAACCAGUGCCGGAGGAGGAAGACAACCAAAAUGCUCGUGAUGGUUGUUGUGGUAUUUGCAGUCUGUUGGCUCCCCUUCCACAUAUUCCAGCUUGCCAUCGAUCUUGAUCUGGUUCUUAUCUUCCAUGAGUACAAACUCCUGUACACUGUCUUCCAUGUUGGGGCCAUGUGCUCUACAUUUGUCAACCCCCUGCUCUAUGGAUGGAUGAACAAGAACUACAGGAAUGGCUUCCUUAUGUUCUUCCGUUGCCAGAACAAGCCUGAAAGCAUCCACACUGAAGGCUCAGUUAGAGGGAGGUCUUACAUCUUCAGGGCCAACACCCUAAAUGGGAGCAUCAAACAGACUCCUGGCAAUGGAGCACUACCCACAGAGGUUUAG